AAAAGUUUCUGUAGGCAGUAGGGAGUUUUCUGCGGGGUCUGGAUUGGAAAUACAGAGGACUGGACCCUACUUGUAUGAUUGGAGUCUAACGGAAAGAGAAAAAAAAACUUCCCCCUCGCCUCAAAGAGUCUACAUGUCUAAUAUUUAGACAUGUUCAGCUUUGUGGAUAUUCGGUUAGCGCUGUUGCUCAGCGCAACAGUGCUUUUGGCUAGAGGACAAGGCGAGGACGAUCGCACCGCCGGCAGCUGUACGUUGGACGGUCAAUUCUACAACGACAGAGAUGUCUGGAAACCCGAGCCAUGCCAGAUCUGCGUGUGCGAUAGCGGCACCGUCAUGUGCGACGAAGUUAUCUGCGAGGACACAUCCGACUGCCCCAAUCCAGUGAUCCCCCACGACGAAUGCUGCCCCAUCUGCCCCGAUGACGGCUUCCAGGAGCCAAAGGUUGAGGGACCCCAGGGUGAUCGUGGAGCCAAGGGAGAGCCAGGAGCUACUGGUUUCCCCGGCAACGAUGGUAUUCCCGGCCAGCCCGGCCUUCCUGGACCCCCAGGCCCCCCUGGACCCCCUGGCCUCGGCGGAAACUUCUCCCCUCAGAUGUCUGGUGGUUUUGAUGAGAAGAGCGGCGGUGGCAUGUCCAUGCCCGGCCCCAUGGUACGGACAUACAACUACACAGAGCCUGUUGGCCCAGUAGGAUCACUCACUCAUGGAAUCUGUUUGAUGUAUAGGCACUACCAUAAACUAUGGCCAUGAGACACUUUUGCUCAG